CAAUCCUUCAGCAACUAACCGUCAACAUGCCUCCAAAGAAAGCAGCACGCCCAGCGCAAGAGAACAUCAACCUUGGUCCUUCGAUCAGGGAAGGUGAACUCGUUUUCGGUGUCGCCCGUAUUUUCGCAUCUUUCAACGAUACCUUCGUUCACGUCACUGAUCUUUCUGGCCGCGAAACCAUCUGCCGUGUUACCGGUGGAAUGAAGGUCAAGGCCGAUCGUGACGAGUCUUCUCCAUACGCUGCUAUGUUGGCUGCUCAAGAUGUUGCUACCCGCUGCAAGGAAUUGGGCAUCACUGCUCUCCACGUCAAGAUCCGUGCUACCGGAGGUAACGGAACCAAGACCCCAGGUCCAGGUGCUCAAUCUGCUCUCCGUGCCCUUGCCCGUACCGGCAUGAAGAUUGGCCGUAUCGAGGAUGUUACCCCAACUCCAUCCGACAGCACCCGUCGCAAGGGAGGUCGCCGUGGUCGUCGUUUGUAGACGUGUCAAUUCUUUGGCUACACGCAUGGAGCAGAAUAUGGGUUUUAUCGUGCAAUUGAUGACAACUACGCGGGGAACGGCAUUUACUGCCUGGUCUCCAUAUCUGAAAUCUGAAAUCUGGGCUUGGAUCGACCUUGUCUCAUUUGUCACAUAAGCGCUUUAGCAAAGUGCAGCCAUGAAUAUCACGAAUUUUCAAAUGACUUCAAUCAAA